UGUAUUUUGGUUCCUAGAAAUGGAUUUGUGUAUAUGUUGACGACUUCAAAUUCUGAUCAACAUGUGGGAAGCACUGUUCAUUUGCUGAAGGACGUUAGCAAAUUAGGUCACCGAGUUGUUUUUUUCCGACGAUCAGGUACUGUGAAGCAGAAAAUGUGUAUUUCCCAAGAGGAACGGAACAAUAUUGUUAAAGCUGUCCGUGGUCAUAGAGACAUGCCAUUUGAUUUCGUCCAUUCCCUGUUUGAGGGUGCUGUGGCUGGAGGUGUUGCUGGUGUUGUGGUUGAAGCAGCUUUAUACCCAAUUGAUACAAUAAAAACUCGGCUGCAAGCAGUUCGUGGUGGGGGACGCAUAGUCUUGAAGGGACUCUAUUCAGGAUUGAUAGGAAAUCUUGCUGGCGUCUUACCUGCAUCAGCGAUAUUUGUUGGUGUCUAUGAGCCGACAAAACAAAAACUGCUGAAAAGCCUCCCAGAAAACCUCAGUGCCUUGGCUCAUUUGACUGCAGGUGCCGUUGGUGGGGCUGCUUCGUCUAUAGUUCGUGUGCCUACUGAAGUCAUUAAGCAAAGGAUACAGACUGGGCACUUUGCUUCAGCUCCUGAUGCUGUCCGCCUUAUUGUUGCUAAGGAGGGUUUUAAAGGACUUUAUGCAGGUUAUGGAUCCUUUUUAUUGCGAGAUUUGCCAUUUGAUGCCAUCCAGUUUUGCAUAUAUGAGCAGCUUCGGAUGGGUUAUAAGCUAGCUGCAAGAAGGGAUUUGAAUGACCCUGAGAAUGCUAUAAUCGGUGCUUUUGCUGGUGCAAUCACUGGAGCUAUAACGACGCCUCUUGAUGUAAUAAAGACUAGAUUGAUGGUUCAGGGAUCAGGAAAGCAGUACAAAGGUAUUUUUGAUUGUGUUGGCACUAUUGUUGGAGAAGAAGGAACUCCUGCUCUCUUCAAGGGGAUCGGCCCAAGAGUUGUGUGGAUAGGAGUUGGAGGUUCGAUUUUCUUUGGUGUUCUUGAAAGGACAAAGCAGAUACUUGCCCAAAGGCGUCCUACGGCUCAUAACCCGAACCCGAACCCUUCCAAGAUAGAUUAGCAUCAGAUUCAGCAGCUAUUCAGGUCAGAUCUCUAGCAGGAAGGACACUGCAGUCUGGAGGAAACCUUGGGCUGUGCUAUUCUGUUUUUGUGUUUUUAUGUCUUCCUAAUGGCACCAACAGAAAAGGGAUGUUGGAUGCUUCACGUUGGCUUGGCCCAGUCCUUGGGCUUAUUUAGUGGAUCAAUUUUGAUGGAUGGUUGAUAUUACAAACAUUAGAAAGUCUAUACAUCAUCCCUCUCAAGUCUCUCACCUUGCCUACGUUCAUCUUUGUAAGCUACAACAAUGGCUUAUAAUUCUUGAAAGUAGCAUUAUCAUGUUAUGUUUUCUAAAAAAUAA